AUGUCCUGGAGUCCACAGCCUGAGCCUCUGGGCCAGCUGGCACUGUUCCUUAAGGACUCGCUCAACCCCCGCGACAAGACUGCGCAAAAGAACGCCGAGCUGGCACUAAAAAAUGCCGGCUCAAACCCAGACAUCAACAACUACCUCGCCUACCUGUGUGUCAGCCCCGAAGCUCCUGCCGCCUUGUCAAGCGACGACUACUUCGUCUCAAGAAGUGCUGCUGCAGUCAUGCUCAAGAACAACGUCAAAAUCUCGUACAAGACCAUGGCCGAACCGAAUAAGGAAUACCUCCGCUCGACCAUUCUCCAAGGACUGCAAGACCAGGACAAGCGCAUCAGAAGCUACGCUGGAAACGUUGUUACCGAGAUCGUGCGCCAGGGCGGCAUCUUGGGCUGGCCUCAAGUGCUUGCUGAGCUGAUCUCUUUGAUCGAGAACCGCGACGGCAACAUCGCAUCACACAUUCAGGACGGAGCCAUGAGCGCAUUACUCAAGAUCUGUGAAGACAACAAGAAGGCUCUCAACAGACUCUACGAGGGACAACGCCCCUUGGAUUUCCUGAUUCCCAAGCUUAUCGAGUUCACCACUAGCCCGACACCACCAGUCCGCUCAAAAGCUUUGGGAACACUCAACUUCUUUGUCGACGAUCCGAUGCCGCAGGCUAUGCAAGACAAUGUUGAAAAGUUCCUGGUUCAACUCUUCACCCUGGCCCAGAACGACCAAGACGAGGAGGUCCGAAGAUUCAUCUGCCGUUCGUUCACCAAACUUGCUAGCAACGUUCCUGCAUUGGUAAUGCCUCAUUUGGGUGGUAUUAUCGAUUACGUCGUGGUUCAGCAAAAGAGCGACCCGGAGUCCGAUCUGGCCCUGGAUGCUGCCGAAUUCUUCUUUGAGAACUGUGAGGUUGAGGAACUCCAAGACGAGUUCAACCAGCACCUUGACAAAAUUGUACCGGUUUUGUUGGAAAGCAUGAUCUACAGCCAGGAUGACCAAGCAAAGCUCGAGGCCGAAGCAGAAGAGGAUGCCGAAAAGGAGGACAAGGAAGAAGACAUCAAACCUCAAUUUGCCAGUGCAAAGGAGAAGGGCAUUGCUGUAAAGUCUGAAGACUUUGUGAACGGCAAUGGCUAUGCUUACGAUGAUGGCGAGCUCAGCGAUGGUGAACUUGAGGACGAUGACGACUACGGCGAGGAUCCUGAAGAGAUGUGGAACCUCCGAAAAUGCUCUGCAGCCGCUCUUGACACUUUUGCUACGCGCUUCCACGAGCGUGUCUUUGAAUUCACCUUACCCUAUCUGAAGAGCAACCUCAACCACGCAGAAUGGCCCAAUAGAGAAGCUGCUGUGCUCGCACUUGGCGCUAUUUCCGUUGGCUGCAUGGAGACCGUCAAGCCAAGUCUUCCUGAUCUGGUUCCCUUCCUGAUCUCGCUACUCACGGACUCUCAGCCCGUUGUCAGACAAAUCACCUGCUGGGCACUUGGUCGCUACUCCUCCUGGGCUUCCCACCUCGAUGAGGCAGGUAAGCGCCAGUUCUUCGAGCCGAUGAUGGAAGGAAUCCUGUUCCGCAUGCUGGACAACAACAAGCGUGUGCAGGAGGCCGCAGCUUCCGCAUUCGCCAACCUCGAGGACCAGGCGACUACCGAGAUCACACCUUACUGUGUCAUCAUCGCACAGCAGUUUGUGAGGUGCUUCGCCAAAUACAAGGACAAGAACAUGUACAUCCUUUAUGACUGUGUUCAGACUCUGGCGGAGCAUGUGGGCCCGGACAUGGCACAACCAGCCAUCGUCGAUCUGCUCAUGCCUGCCCUCAUUCAACGCUGGACUUCAGUCUCUGACAAGUCAAGGGAAAUGUUCCCUCUGCUAGAGUGCCUGGCUUACAUCGCUACUGCUCUUGGUGAAGCCUUUGCCCCUUACGCCAAGCCCUUCUUCUCGCGAUGCAUCAAGAUUAUCCAGGACAACUUGGAGGAAGGCAACCUUGCCGCUUCUCAAGCAUAUAUGGACACACCCGACAAGGAUUUCCUCGUCACCAGCUUGGAUCUGCUCAGUGCCAUUAUCCAAGCACUUGAUGAGGCCAGAGCCAGUGAGCUCAUUGCAACCGCCAACCCCAACUUCUUCGAGCUGCUCGCCUACUGUAUGAGAGACAGCAACAACGAUGUCAAGCAAUCCGCAUUCGCCUUGCUUGGUGACUGUGCCAUCUAUGUCUUUGCCCAAAUGCAGCCUUACCUUGACUCGAUCAUGCGAAUCCUGACCAUGCAGCUGGACUUGACCGAGGCACUCCGUGGCACUGAUCCAAUGCUCAAGGAGACCGCAUUCAGAGUGAUUAACAAUGCCUGCUGGUCCGUCGGAGAGAUCGCAAUGCGCCACCAAAAUGGUAUGGACCCUUACGUCGAGGAUCUCUUGCAAAAGCUCGGCAUGAUCCUCUUCAACCAGCAGGUCCCUGAGUCCUUGAAUCAGAACGCCGCAAUCGCACUUGGUCGCAUGGGUCUGGGUAACGACCAGAAAAUCGCACCUCAUCUCGCCCAAUUCGCUCCGGCCUUCCUGAAUGUCAUGCAGUCUGUUGAGUGGACCGAUGAGAAGCUCGACGCUUUCAGAGGAUUUGUUCAGAUUGUGCUGGACAAUCCCCAGGCACUUGAGCAGUGUCUGCUUGCCUUCUUCUCAGCCAUUGCAAGCGUGCCAGCCGAUUCACGCAAGCUGCCAGUAUCCCAGAACGAGAGACCGUUCGAAGGGUUCCACAAGGCACUCAUGGCAUACAAGAAUAUGAUCCCCGACUUCGAUGGCUUCAUCAGCCACCUGCCCCAGGAGCAGCAGUACGAGCUCAGACAAAACUACAGCUUGUAA